AUGACCCUCUUUUCAUCUGUAUUCCUAUGCAUCCACUUGUCAGCUCUAAUUAGGAACCUCAUAAUGCACGCUCAGCUGUUCUCAGUUGCUGGAUCACCUCCACGUUGUUCUGAAUCCCUGUUUAUCCCGUCUAUGUUUCUUUAUUUUUCUUUGUUUGUCAUUUCACAAGUUCCUCCGAAAUCCUGUCAAUCAGACGAGUACGCGAAAGGUUUUUCGAAGACUGAAUUGAGCAAGAUCGCAGCGGUGUAG